AUGAAAGAAACAGCAACAAUAAAUGGCCCUGAAGGAACUGUUUCCAGAAAAACACAGGAGUCAUUGGUGCUUCUCGAAAGAGGUAUGGAACAGCUACGAGAUAACAUUAAGAAUGUAAACGAGGACUAUCUUGGUGACAUUGACCUGCGUACGCUGCUAACAACUCAGGUGGAGAACCUUCAUGCAAUCUCCCACUUCAAAAACGAGACUUUCACCGCUCUUCAGCAUACUCAAGACUUUGGAACAAUUUCAAAGUAAUCUUUAAAGAGAACAACGAAGCGGGAUGCGAAGUACUUCACACUUGAGAAGUCUUAUUAUCCAGUGCCUAAAUCCAGUGUGGAGUUACGGGACGUAAAUGUGAUGAAACCUCCUUCAGCUGAUAACGUUGACCCCAACAUUGAGGCAGCCAUGAAGGAAUUGGUU